AUGGAUGCAUUCGAAUAUAACGCGAACCCUGGGCGAGUCAUCUUCGGCAGUGGUACUCUCCAGAAACUCCCCGAUGAGAUCUCUAGACUCAAUCUAAAGGCUCCACUGGUGUUGUCAACACCACAGCAGAUCAGCCAAGCGGAGAGGGUCAAGGAUGUCCUCAAGGGUAAGGUAGCCGGCAUCUUUACUGAGGCUACAAUGCACACUCCUACACACGUUACAGAAAAGGCUCUCGAGUAUGCAAAGUCUCAGAAUGCUGAUUUGGUCAUCUCUAUCGGCGGUGGAAGCACCAUUGGGCUGGGAAAAGCCAUCAGCAUCCGUACGGGCAUGCCUCACAUUUGCAUUCCAACCACCUAUGCGGGAAGUGAAAUGACCCCUAUCUUGGGCGAGACGGCCGAUGGCUUGAAGAAGACACGUUCAGACCCUAAAAUCCUUCCCGGAACUGUCAUUUACGAUGUCGACCUUACUAUGACAUUGCCACCAGCAAUGAGUGCUACGAGUGGUGUGAAUGCUAUUGCUCAUGCCGUCGAAGCACUCUAUGCCCGCAAUACUAACCCCGUCAUCAACUUGAUGGCCGCCGAGGGUACCCGUGCACUAGCAUCAGCCCUUCCUGAGAUUGUCGAGAACCCCACAUCUCAAUCUGCCCGGCGUCGGCUCUGUAUGGUGCUUGGCUCUGCGGGACCUGUCUCGGUAGUUUUCAACUUGCCCCAUGCAGAGACACAUACAGCAGUGUUGCCCCAUGCAAUCUCUUACAACGCACCGAAGAUUCCAGAGGCAAUGAAGAAGCUGGCUGAAGCGCUUCCCGGUAGCAAUGGAGAUGCUGUCCAGGGUCUAAACAUCUUGCUGUCCAAAUUGCAAGUCAAGCGAGGCCUUAAGGACUUUGGCAUGAAGGAGGAAGAUAUCGACAAGGCAGCGGAUAUUGCUGUGAGCAACCCCUACUGGAACCCACGGGAGAUCGAGCGCGCACCAAUCCGUGAAUUGAUUCGACGUGUUUGGGCUGGGGAACCAGCACGGGCGGAUUUGUAG